GGGCGGUGCGGGAGGGAGAUUCGGCCUGUCCACACUCCACACCGGAGAGAGAGAGAGAGAAAGGGGGAGGGAGGGGCCAGGGCCAGCUUAGCCCUCGCGUCGCCAAUGGGGUCCUCGCCGCCGCCGCCGCCGCCGCAAAUUGCACAGCUCCUCUCGCAGUUUCCCGUCAUCCCCAAACCCGACCCCGAUGGCCCAAUCCCACCACAACCCCCCAUCCCCGUCGCAGCACCUUCUCUACCUCUUCCUUCCCCGACCCCGGAGCUUUGCGCCGCCCUCCACAGGGAGCUUGCUCCCUCCCCCGACGACGACGCCUUCUUCGCCCGCUGCCUUCGCCAAGCCCAGCUCCACCUCGAAGCCCUCGCCGCACAGCUCCGCCCCAAUUUCUCCUCCUCCGCCGCACCUUCUCCACCUCUCCCUUCCCCGCUUCCUCCUCUGGCACCUCGGCAGGAGAUGCAGCUGCCUCGAGGUUCCGGCGCGGGCGGAUCCAAUCCCACUACCACCAAGAAGCGCGCCCGCCCCGCCGCUGAGAUGGUGCGCGUCGCCAACCUCGCCCCGGCCGACCAUCUCCACUACCGCGCCCUCGUCCGCCGCGCGCGCCUCACCUUCGAGGCGCUUUGCGCCGCCUACCAGCGCCAGGAGCCCUCCGCCGGCGCCCGCAACCGCGCCGACCUCCGCGCCUCCAGCCGGAUGCUCUCCGCCGGCCACUGGCUCCACCGCGAGGUCCGCAUCGUCGGCGACAUCCCUGGCGUCCUCGUCGGCGACGCCUUCCACUACCGCGCCGAGCUCUGCGUCGUCGGCCUCCACACAGCGCCGCAGGCUGGCAUCGGCUACAUCCCCGCCAGCCUCGUCAACGAGGGCCACCCUGUCGCCACCAGCAUCGUCUCCUCCGGAGGGUACCUUGACGACGAGGACACCGGCGACGUCCUCGUCUACACCGGCAGCGGCGGCCGCCAGCGCAACCGCCUCGACCACCACGCCGACCAGACGCUCGAGCGCGGCAACCUAGCGCUCCACAACAGCUAUCUCUAUGGCGUCGAGGUGCGCGUCAUCCGCGGCCACGUCUGCGACCAGAGCCCCAACCCCAACCGCAAGGUCUACGUCUAUGACGGCCUCUACAGGGUCGUCAGCUCCACCUUCGGCCCUGGCAAGUCCGGCCACGACGUCUGCAAAUUCAAGCUUGCGCGUCUCCCCGGCCAGGAGGAGCUAGGCAGCAAGAGCUGGCACACCGCCAAGCAGCUCAAUGACGCCAUGGACGCCAGAAUCCUCCCGCCGAGGUACAUUUCGCUUGACCUCUCCAAGGGGGUGGAGAUCCUUCGCAUCCCCGUCUGCAACAAGCUGGAUGAUGACAGGUCUCCCCUGCUAUUUGAGUACACUGUCCGCCCUGAGUUUCCGGUGCCCCCUGCACCCGGGCCGGUCAGCCGGCAGAGGGGCUGCCACUGCGCCACGGGCUGUGGCUCCAAGUGCAGGUGCGAGAGGAAGAACACUGGAGGACUGGCGUACAAUGAGGAUGGCACUCUGGUGAUGGGAAGACCAGUGGUGUAUGAAUGUGGUGCUCUGUGUGGGUGCUCCAUGACCUGCAUGAACCGGGUGACGCAGCGAGGGAUGAAGCACCGGCUUGAGGUGUUCCGCUCCAACGAGACAGGCUGGGGUGUUAGGGCGCUGGACUUGAUACCACCGGGCGCUUUUGUGUGCGAGUACGGUGGGGAUGUGGUCGCCAUGGAUGAUCAUCCAGGCAACACACUGAUGGAGGAUCGCAGCAUCAUCGACCCCAAGCGGUUUCCGGAGCGAUGGAAGGAGCGGGGAGAUGCCUCAGCCGUCGACCCAAGCAUCAGGAGACCCCAAUUUGCUCAGUUUGCAGGGCCAGGUUACCUUCUUGAUGUGUCGCACAAGAGGAAUGUGGCCUGCUACAUCAGUCACAGCUGCACGCCGAACGUGUUCCUUCAGUUUGUGGUCCGUGGCAAUGAGGAUGAACGGUACCCUCACCUGAUGGUUUUUGCCACGGAGACAAUCCCACCAAUGCGAGAGCUGAGCAUCGAUUAUGGAAUCGAUGGGUAUCCGAGUGCAAGCUGAUGCUGGUUCUGAAGCAACAAUGAUCCAAAAGGCUUACUGGAUUUUUUGGAGGAUAGGCUAUGUGAGGAAUUUUUGAGGGGUAUAGGGUCGCCAUACAUUGUUCUAGUUUCACCAUAGGUUGUGCCCUCUAAUCUUUUAGAUUCUAGAACUGAGGGUGUUGCUAGCUGCUCACAUUUCUGUUGGUGUCACCAAGCCUUUGAUUGGUGGUGGUGUUGUGUUGCUGCUGUGUGGUUACAGGGCUUACGGGGCAGCAAAAGGUAUGCUAAAUCCCUUUUACUAGUUAGUACUGAUGUGGUAAAUGGUCGGCACAUAGGACUGUGUUAUGUGGAUGUUUGGUGAACUUCACCCCGUAUAACAUGAAUGAACAGCUGCUUCUAUUUUGGCCUUUGUUUA